CGUUUAAAAUGUCCGGUUUUCUUUUUACGCUGACGGCUUUUUCUUUUCUUUUGUUUUUACCAUUUUCAUACUGUAUAUUUAUUUUGGAUUCUUUCCAAAUUGAUUUUCUCUCGCAGAAUCUCCAGUCAUAGUCAUCCAACUGUUCAUCUUUCGAAGAAGGCAAUUCUGGGUUCCCCAACAAUCGUCUUCGUCUCUUUUUGGUGCCCCUCCGGUUGGGAGGGAGACCUCACUAACUGUCUCCACGCACCCCGCCUGUUCACAAUAUCUCCGGGCUUCCAUCUCCGAGCAUUAACAAUGGCUUCAAAGACUCCACUUCAAAUCUUAUCCAAGUUGGUCAAGUGAGUCGAUAUUUUGUUUCAAAUGCACUGUCUCCCUCCCUAUGUAUAGCCUAUCAUUUUGUUGAUUGACAGUUCCUUGUACUCUCCUUCUUUGUGGAUUUCAGAUAAACUGUGCUCCUCUAUUUUCUAACAAGGAACAAGAACCGUUUUAAUGCAUAAAGUUAAAUUGUUCUCUUCUCUAUUUUGUGACAAGGAAUAGCAAUGAUUUUGAGUGCAUGAAUCAUAGUUAUGGUUUUGCAUAGGUUUCCCCUGUUUCUUUUCUAUAAUGAUUAUGCCAGGUUGAACAAAUUUCCUAGUGGAUUAUUUUUGGUCGAAUUGGAUCUUUAGUCACAUCACAUCUGUUUGGCAGUGGAUGAGGACCCCAGUGUGGAUGACAAUGCAGAAACUGUCAAGAGCGCAGAUGGAAAUGGUCAUGUUAGCAGCCUUGAGAAUUCAAAUGUGGAACCAGACAUUGGCAUGGAGUUCGAGUCUGAGGAAGCAGCAAGAGUAUUUUAUGCUAGAUACGCUACACAUUUGAGGUUCCACAUAAGAGUUGACAAAGCUCGAUAUUCUGAACAGGAUGGAAAGUUAAUUUACCGCGCAUUAGGGUGUAAUAAACAGGGUUUCCGAAGGUUCAGACCAGGGGUCAUGAAGCCUAAACCAGUGACUCGAGAAGGGUGUAAAGCAACAGUUGUUUGGAGAGAGAAGACUGAUAAAUGGGUCGUUACCAAGUUCAUUAAGGAGCAUUGCCACCCAUUAGUUGUAACACCCACACCUGCUAAAACUUGUCAAGCGACGCUCCUAAGUCAAAUUCCGAUUAGUCAAAUGUCGGAUGAUAAAGAUCUCAUGAUCCGGGAAUUGACAGCUGAAUUGCACAGAGAGAGGAAGCGAUCUGCAGCCAUCCAAAGAGUGCUUGAAACAGUUUUAACAGAUGUGGAAGAACAUUCUAAUUAUCAACGAGAAGUGUAGAAUGUGUGGCCAAGAACUUGAAGGAAAUUGAACGAACCAAAGGUAUCUUAUCCUCAAGCAAAUAGACUUAUGAGUCUGCUACCUCUUUUGUUUUCUUUUGGAUGACAUAUUUCACUUGGUAGAUACUCCUGAUUACUGACCAUGUCAAAUACUCCAGUAGGAAGGAUAUCAGCUGUAGAGUCAGAAUAUAAUUUUCCUCUAGAUAAGAGGACAUGAAAAUAUCAAAUGUAAGUAGUAACCUAGUUGAACUGGCUAGCUUCGUGUAGAUAGCCACUGAUAAGAAUUUGGAGUUCCAAUUUUUGGAUAUGUUGGUAACUACAUUUCCAAUUUGCCUCUGCAAUGGUGAAAUUCUCUCUUACCA